AUGGCUCCUCCCCCUCCUCCUGUUCCUCCACCACCACCAAUUUCUACAGCACAGUCUGGGGCUCCGUCUGGACAACAGAUUAAUAUGCUCAUGCAUUCAAUCAGACAGGGUACCAAAUUAAAAAAAGCUGUAACAAUUGAUAAGAGUAGAGUGCAAAAUUCUGGUAAUUCUAAUUCUAAUGAAGAAAAUACUAAGGAUUUUUCUAGUGUCAGCUCUUCUAGGCACACUAUAGCAAAUGGUGGACCUCCUGGUUUAGGUAAUCUAUUUAUGGGUGGUAUCCCUAAGUUGAAACCCACUGGAUUGAACAAUCGAGGGCCACCUCCUCAACCACCACCUGUCAGUCACAAACCUCAAAUAACUUCUAGUGCCUCAGAUUCUUCAGUGGGGUCUGGAACAACUAAUAAUGUUUUUACCAAGUCUCCGAAUUCUUCCUCAAUUCAUCCUAGUAAACCCCCCGUUGGUGGAUACGGAAAACCGAAUUUAGCGCCUAAACCUCCAACAUCAAAAGAAUCAUCAUUAUCGCAAUUAUCGAAUACAACGGAUUGCAGCGGGAGCAACAUUGGUUUAAACGAAUUAGAAAAACCAUCUCCUCCACCAAAAAAAAUUGUUUUGAACGGUAGAGCGGGAGUAAAUAGAGCUCAAAGUAUGCGAGUUCCUAAAUCUCCUCCUGUUGCUCCGACUACAAGUCCUCCUUUUCCUCCUAAUUAUAACAAACCCAACCUAGUCAAAAAUCGAUUAAAUUUACAUCAGAGUCAAGAUAGUUUAAACGAUAAGAAUUAUAUGUCUAGUAAAAUUGGUACUUUGCCCCAUAACUUUCAAAAGCUCAGCUUUUUUCCACCAAACAUUCCGCCUCCUCCUGCUCCGAGUCAACGAAUACCGGCCAGGCCACCGAUAUCAAAGCCACCUCCUCCACCUUCAAGGCCUGUAGCACCACCCGCUCCGCCACCGCCGCCGCCACCCCCUCAUAGAACUACACCAGCUCCUCCUCCUCCAAUUCAAGGAAGAUUAGCGUCUAAUGCUCCCGGUUCGACUCCUCCUGCUCCGCCUAUUCGAAACUUGUCAAUGAGAAAUGGCUCACUCAUGCAGCAGACUGAUGUCGAAAAUAAAUUUGGACAUUUAUUUCAUAAUGUACAGGAAUUUCCGGAUCCUGGGAUUUUUAGAAAUUUAAUUAAAAAUUACAAUACAAGAGCUUCGGCUGUGGGUAAGUAG